CCUUGUCAGUUGUAAACAUGUCGACGGUGAAGAAGGUUAAGAAGAUCACGAAGAGCGUGAAGAAGGAUGGUGGAGGGGAGACCAUUACAACCGAAACAUCAACUACUAUCUCCUCCUCGGAGGGGGGAGAGAUGGAAAGUGUUCGUGAGUUGUCCAAGGAAUACGAAACUGAAGUCAUGUUUUGCCAUCACUGUGACGAUAGCUUGGCUGGACAUAGAUAUGUACUGCGAGAAGAUCAUCCGUACUGCAUAAAAUGCUACGAAAACGUGUUUGCAAACAAUUGUGAUGAAUGCAACAAGAUUAUCGGAAUUGAUUCAAAGGAUCUUUCUUAUAAAGAGAAGCAUUGGCAUGAAUCCUGCUUCCUUUGCAACAAAUGUAGAACUAGUCUAGUGGACAAACAAUUCGGUAGCAAGGCAGACAGGAUUUACUGUGGGUCCUGUUAUGAUUCCCAGUUUGCUACCCGUUGUGACGGAUGUGGAGAUGUGUUCAGAGCAGGUAUGAAAAAGAUGGAGUAUAAGACAAGGCAAUGGCAUGAGAAGUGCUUUGUUUGCUGCACCUGCAAGAACCCAAUAGGGACCAAAUCCUUUAUCCCUAAGGAGCAUGAUAUCUACUGUGCUAAGUGUUAUGAAGAUAAGUUUGCCACUAAGUGCAUCAAGUGCAGCAAGGUUAUCACCCAGGGAGGAGUGACCUACCGCAAUGAUCCCUGGCAUCGUGAAUGUUUCACUUGUACUCACUGUCAGAAGUCUCUGGCCGGUCAAAGGUUUACAUCCAGGGAUGAUAAACCGUACUGUGCCGACUGUUUUGGUGAACUGUUUUCUAAACGUUGUACAGCUUGCAGCAAGCCAAUUACAGGAAAGGGUGGGUUAGGGAGCACCAAGUUUGUUGCUUUUGAGACCCUGGCCUGGCACAACGAGUGCUUCUUCUGCAACAUCUGCAAUGAGAGCAUGGUUGGCAAGGGGUUCAUCCAGGACGGAGAGCAUAUUAUUUGCCCUGAGUGCGCCAGGAAGAAGAUGAUGGAGGAGAUGGAACAGGAGUAGAAGGAGUUCAUAACCAGGGACCUGGUGAUGGAGUAGAGGGAGUUCAUCACCAGGGAUUUGGUGGAGGAGUAGAAGGAGUUCAUCAACAUGGACCUGGCGCAGGAGUAGAAGGAGUUCAUCACCAGGAACCUGGAGGAGAAAUAGAAGUAGUUCAACACCUGGCCCUGGUGUAGGAGUAGAGGGAGUUAAUCACCAGGGACUUAGCGAAGGGGGGGGGGGGGGAUCAUCAGAGACAGAGUAGAUUUUUUUGGGGUUUAUGAUAUUCGAGAGUAUUUAGUCUUUUUAAAAUUUCCAGGGGCUGAAUCUCCUCUUGAACCCCCUUAGAGGGGCACAGUUCCUAAAGGCCUCCCCCUUGUACUUGCCCCUUAUGAUUUUUUUUUCUCGGGAAUUUAGACAAUUUCCAUUUUUUUAACAGCUCUGUUAAUUAAACUUAUGUACAAUAAUAAAAACAAUAUUUAUUCAACAGCUCUGUUAAACUAAUAUACAAUAAUAAAAUUCAAUUUUCUUAUUUCCAGUCAGUUCGUUGUUUUAAUAAAGAAUGCCCAGGAGGUUGUUAUUUGCAAUCUGCAAUCUGCAUUUUGCAUUCUGAAAUUUGCAAUUUGUAAUCUGCAAUUUGCAAUUUGCAACCUGCAAUCUGCAAUUUGCAACCUGUAAUGUAAAUAAACUGUUACUGUCCUCGUCUUAAAAUCUGUAAUUUAAAAUUGUUUUUUGUUGACUAACAAAUACAUGUUUAGAAAUAUAAGUAUGUAAAGAU